CGGCUUUGCAAGACAGAACGCGCGCAUGGCGGCAGACACAAUGGCUCCCACCCCGGGGAGGGGGAAGAAACAGUAGUACGAGUAAAUGAAGAGGCCUAGGAGAGGAUAAUUGAUAGGGAUGAAUUAAAUCGCGAGUGCGAAUGUGCACGACAGCGGUGGCUGUGGCAGCGGCGGCGGCGGUGCUGCUACUGGUGGCGCCCACAGCGGCUCAGGAGGUGAAGCUCUGCGACAAAUGCUCGUGCAGCGCGAAGCUGCUCAACUGCACGCGGCGGGGGCUGGAGCGACUGCCUCGUUCCGACGACGCGUGGCCCUUGGACGUUGAGGAAGCGCUCUUCGAUCAUAAUGGCAUCGCGCACGUAGAGAUCCUCCCGGCGAUGCCGAAUCUACGCAGACUGUCGUUCAGCCACAACGAAAUCCAAGUGAUCGACGAGAAGGCCUUCUGCAACCUCACGGCCCUGCAGGAGCUCGACCUGAGCUCCAAUCAGUUGACGCGCUCCGUCCUCAAGCCGGACGUCUUCAAGGGUCACUACGACAGGAACGAGUACCAGCCCCUCAAGAACCUGACAGUGCUGCGGCUCAGCUCCAACUCCAUCCACUCGCUGGACAGCGACAUCUUCGAGCACGUGGCGCAUCUUCGCGUGCUGUCGCUAGCGUUCAAUCCGAUGCGCGUGAUCGACACGCCCACGCUCAACGCCAUCUCGUCGCUGGCGUACCUCGAGCACCUCGACCUGACCCACGUGGGCAUCGAGUCGCUGCCGCCGCACGUCCUGCACACGCUCAACAACCUCACCACGCUCAACGUCUCGAGCAACCAGUUCACGGAGGUGCCGUCCGAGCUGGCCAACUCGCACCAGCUGCGAGAGCUCAUGGAGUCGCUGCGCGUGCUGCAGAUGGACUACAUGCACAACCUGACGCGCGUGGGCGCGGCGGGCUUCGCGCCGCUCAAGGGGCUGAAGGUGCUGCGGCUGUCGCACAGCCCCACGCUCACCGAAAUCCACCCCAACGCCUUCGUGGGCACGGCCGAGUCGGAGGGCAACGCCACCUAUCCGCACCUCGAAGAGCUCAUCCUGCGCGGAAACAGCCUACGCACUUUGGACUUCUCGCUGCUGCGCCGCUGGGACGAGCUGCAGAUGUUGGACUUGGAGAACAACAACUGGCUGUGCGACUGUGAUCUGCAGUGGAUGGUGUCCGAACUGGAGCCCAUCAUCAACAGGACCAAUCCGAGUUUAUUACGCAACUUCCGGUGCACGCAGCCGGAGCCAAUGGCGGGCCAGAGCAUCUUCGAGCUGCACCUGCGCCACUACCACCUGCGCUGCUUGGACGCGGACGGCGCGCACCCCGAGCGCGACGGCCUCAUCCUGGUGGGAGUGUUGGUAGGCGUGCUGAUGGCCGUGCCGGCCACGCUCGCCCUCGUGCUGUGCUGGCGUCGCGGGGGAUUCCCCUGGCCGCUGUCCAACGGCCCGGCCUCCUACAGCCGCGCAUUCUACCGGCGCGCCGAUAACAUCGACGACUUCUAGCCGCCGCGGCGCCCUCGCUGCCAGGGACGUGGACGUGGGAGGAGAACGAUGACUGCGAAAACGGUCGUUAGUCUGGUUCGAGAGACUGCUUAAAUCACCGGUGCACAAGAAAAGUGACAUUUCGUAAUAAUACAGUUGUUUUUCUAAACCACUUCCUUCACGAGAAACUAGGAGACUGUGAUAUAUUGAAGCGGUCAUAUAAUGUACACCACUGUUAUUCCUAAGAUAGGAGUAUUAUUUUAUGUGGCAAAUUAUUAGGAACACCAAUAUUUUUGAGAAUGUUCCUGUCAAAAAAUAAACGGGAUACUUUUAAAUAACUUUUAUCUUGCAUUCGUGGUAAAAUAAAAAGUUUUUUUCUCCAUUACACCAGCUCAUAUGGUAAUUUUUAUAUUAAAUAAUGCGGUAUUAAAUAAUAAAUUUCAUACUGUAUUGGAUAGCAGGUAUUACAUUCUAAGGUGUACAUUAUAUUUGUAACUCUACGUUACAAAGGAAACAAAAUUGACAGCGAAAAGUGUAUUCUUGGAUAAAAUAAUUCUAUGCUUUGAAAAUCCACGGCAUCUCAUCCAAUUUUUGCGAUAAUGGAAUAUUUUAACUCACCUGACCAAUUUUAUUGCGGUUUCUGACGCAUCUAUUGUGUUGUAAGUUCAAAAGACUUUAAUUACUUUAAUAGUCAUAACAAUGUAUGCUUUCAUUCAGAAGUAAAAAAAGCAUUAUUAAAUUGCUACUCAGAUAAAUUAGGUAAAUGUUGAAUCUGAUUCUCCUGAGGUUCAGAAUUCUAAAGAAUGUUUUUGGUAUAUUUGUAAUGAUUUUUAAUGAUAAUGAUAAUAUUUCAUUGUACGCGGUUUUCAUUGUGAAAAAUAUUAGGGGAAUAUUUGCAACAUAUAUUCCGUGAAUUCUCGACUGAUAUAUGAAAAUGGUUUGUUAUUUAUAUGUAUCAUUUCAUUGAUAUGAAUUAUAAUCAAAUUUUAAUUUAUGAUUUUAUAAUUUUAAUAUAUCAAUAUUUAAUACCACAAGAUUUCGACUGUCUCAUCCCUAAAUACUUGUAUUUAUCCAAAUUAAACUUUACAAUUUCGGUAUCGUCCCUAAUAAAUCUUUGGAUUUUCAGAUUGGAACAACUUCAUUGUACCUGAACUUGAAUGUCUUUACACUGUAGAUGUGCAGGGUUAUCUCUUGCGAUAACCAUAAACG